AUGGAAUUGAGCAUGUCUUCUACUGGGAAUGAAGUAAUGCCUGUCUAUGACCCUUGCAAAGGAAAGGACAAGCAGGAACCCAAGAAAUGGAGCAAGUUCGUUCCUAAGAGUAACAACAAAGAAUCUAUGAACGUCAAUGCCUCGCCCGUAAAGUUUACUACGAAGGUGAGCAAGAAGCAGAGUAUGAAAGCAACUUCCUUCCAAGAUAACAAAAGUCGAAAGUCGACCUUGAAGGAGAUGCAAGAAAGAGAAUACCCCUUCCUAGAUUCUGAUGUCCCUGAAAUUUUUGAUGAACUACUUGAGCUGAAACUCAUUGAGUUACCAGAGAUGAAGCGGCCCAAUGAAGCUGGAAGAACAAACGACCCGAACUAUUGCAAGUAUCAUCGACUUGUGGGUCACCCUUUUGAGAAGUGCUUUGUCUUCAAGGACAAAGUUAUGCAGUUGGCUAAUGAAAAUAAGAUUACGCAAUUGAUGAUGAGAAGGCGGAGACGCUGUAAAACAAGUCCACGAAAAGAAUCAUCUACACAACCAACAAGGAAAAGGAUGGUCAGAAGACUAAGGAAGCAGAAAUCAGUUGAGCGUCCGAAGAAAGAAAAAGUAGAGGAGAACUACCACCAAGAACCACGACGUCCUGUGACUUUGGGGGAAUUCCUACCAAGCUGGUUCCGCAAUAAGACUGCUCGAGACAACAUUGAGGCAUCAUGCUUCAAUGCUGAUAAAGAGGAAGCAAAUGAUGAAAGCCUAUCAACAUUGUCUCUGUCAUCAUCUGAAGAGCUCGCCGAAUCUUCUUCGAAAGAGGUACACACAUGUGAUACAAGAAUCACAUUCACAGAUGACGAUCUUCUACUUGGUGAAACACUACAUAAUCGCCCAUUAUACAUGGUGGGUUAUGCCCUCGAGAAGAGGAUAAACAGAAUAUUGAUAGAUGAUGGAUCUGGAGUUAACAUUCUUCCUAUUCGUACAAUGAAGGAACUUGGCAUCACAACUGAAGAACUUUCUGAAAGCCGCUUGAUGAUACAAGGAUUCAAUCAAGGGGGGCAACGAGCCAUAGGUGCUGUCAAAGUAGAUAUCACCAUCGAAGAUUUGCGAUCAAGUGCAUGGAUGCAUGUCAUCGACGCAAAGACUUCGUAUAAUAUGUUGCUUGGCAGGCCAUGGAUACACGAGAACAAAGUUGUCCCAUCCUCCUACUAUCAGUGUUUGAAGUAUCUCGAAGGCGGUGUCGAAAAGAAGAUAGUUGCUUUGAUGAUAAGCCAUUCUUUGAAGAAGAGCAGUCACACUUCGUCGAUGCGAAGUUCUACUUGA